GAAGUUAUGCCCUGGCAGACAAUCCUUUGUCUGAAAUUCCUGACGCCGUUCUAGAAUGGGCUCCACAAUUUUGUUUGUACUUGCAUGAGCUUUUGAAUUCUUCCCUAGCCAACUACAAUCCUUUAUCCUAGAGGCAGUAUGUUGUAAGAUCCCUCCCCUACUUUCUCUUAGAUAAUCCUCCCACUCAUCUCUCCUCCCCCUAAAAUGUUGUAUAAAAGUAUCCCUGUUUGGUCAUUCACUGCAGUCACGCCUCUCCAGCCAGAGCAGAGUCAGACGCUACCCAAGCAGCUAUUGCAGACAUGUCCACCUACUCCAGCCGUAGUUUGGUAUCUUCAGGUGGAUCCAUUGGUGGAUCCUUAAGGGGCGCUUCCCUGGGCUCCUCUCGCAUCUCCAUGUCCGCAGGAGGUGGCCGUGUCAGUUCCAUGAGGGCUCCCAGUAUGUAUGCUGGAGCCGGUGGCUCCGGGGUGCGCAUUUCCAGUGCCUCAAGCUCCUUCUCUGCUGGUGGUGGUGCUGGCUAUGGUGGUGGCUAUGGCUUUGGUGGCGGUGCAGGGGGUGGCUUCAACCUGGCCGAUGGCCUCGACGUGCAUGUCUCUGCCAAUGAGAAGGCCACCAUGCAGAACCUGAAUGACCGCCUGGCCACCUACCUGGAGAAGGUGCGCUCUCUGGAGAAGGCCAAUGCUGAACUGGAGCUGAAGAUCCGCCAGUUCCUGGAGAGCAAGACCUCCCCUGCUGCCCGUGACACCAGCGCCUUCCAGGUCACCAUCAGUGACCUGCAAGCCAAGAUCCAGGAUGCCACCCGUAUCAAUGGAGGGAUCUACCUCAGCAUUGACAAUGCCAAGCUGGCUGCCGAUGACUUCAGAGUCAAGUAUGAGAAUGAGCUGGCCAUGCGGCAGUCAGUAGAGGCUGACAUUGCUGGGUUGAAGAGGGUAUUGGAUGAGUUGACUCUGGCCAGAUCUGACCUGGAGAUGCAGAUUGAGGGUCUAAAGGAAGAGCUGAUCUUCCUGAAGAAGAACCAUGAAGAGGAGCUCCUGGCCAUGAGGACACAGAUGAGUGGCCAGGUCCAUGUAGAGGUUGACGCUGCUCCACAGGAAGACCUCAGCAGAGUAAUGGCAGAAAUCCGCGAGCAGUACGAGGCUGUGGCUGCCAAGAACCAGAGAGAUUUGGAGGCCUGGUUCCAGGCUAAGACAGAGGCGCUGAGUAAAGAAGUUGCAGUCAGCACAGAGACUCUGCAGACCUCCAAAUCUGAAAUCACAGAAGUCCGACGCACGCUGCAGGGUCUGGAGAUCGAGUUGCAGUCCCAACUGAGCAUGAAAGCAUCUCUGGAAGGCACGCUAGCAGACACAGAAGCCCGUUACUCCAUGCAGCUGUCCGGGCUCCAGGUGCAAGUGACCAGCAUGGAGGAGCAGCUGGUGCAGCUGCGUGCUGACAUGGAGCGGCAGAGUCAGGAGUACAAGAUGCUGCUGGACAUCAAGACCCGGCUGGAGAUGGAGAUCGCAGAGUACAGGAGGCUGCUGGAUGGAGAGAGUAGCAGUGUGACAUCCUCCAGCUCCACUUCAACCAGCACUACACGCAAGGUGGUGACCAUUGUGGAGGAGGUGGUGGAUGGCAAGGUGAUUGCCUCCUCUUCCAGCACGGUGAACACAGCUACCUAGGACACAUCCAGAGCAGCUCACUGCAACAGUGAACAUACCAAACUCCUGAGCAUCAACUGAGCCUCACUAAGACUGCCAGCUGUCUCUGGAAGUUAUUGCAAUAAAAAGU